AUGGACAGCGUGUUUGGCGUGGUGGGGGGCGGCUUCGCGGUGGUGGCCGCCGGCACCUCCGCCCAGCGGAGCAGCUACGUGUUCAGCAACCCCGACCAUGACAGGGUCACGCGCCUCGGCUCCCACCUUCUUCUCGGCGUGUCCGGCGUCCACGGCGACUGCCUGCGGUUACGAGACGAGACGAGGGCGAGCGUGAGCACCGACAAGAUCUCCAGCGCCGCCGGGGCCGCGGACGCCGCACGGGGGGCGGUGCUCGCCUGCGCUCAAUCCGCCAACGCAAUGAUCGCUAGCUACGACACGUCCGAGGGCCCGACGAUGUACGCCGUGGGCGGCACCGCGCCGCCGCACCAGGUGGAGAAGUACGGGGCUGCCGGGUGCGGGGCGGGCCUCUGCACGCCGGUGAUGGAUGAGCACUACCGCCCCGGCAUGACAGUGAAGGAAGCGGUGGCUAUCGUUGACCGGUGCAUCAAGCAGGUCCGGCGGCUCGGGCUCGCCAGCUUCGUGAUCAUGGUCGUGGACAAGGACGGGGCCAGGGAGUACGCCAGGCGUAUAGUAAAGCCGAAGGCCGAUAUGGAGAAAAAAACUUAG